AAUCUCUCAUGUCAAACGAAAAAUAAUAACAUAACCUCAAAUAUUUCGUUAAAGUAAAUAAGAUGUUAAAAAGUAGAAUUUUCAAUUAUGUAAGCAAAAACUUUUCUACGCAAAAAGUUACAAAUAAUGUUACUCAUCAAAAUUCUUUUGAGACGGUAUAUUCAUUUCCGCAAAUUAAGUACAUAGCAAUUAUAAACAGACUGAAAAUAUAUCAUUUUUUGGGAACAGGUAUAGCUAUACCUAGUUGUGGAUUACUGGAAAUGAGUAAUGUUUUAUCGAGUAAUGCGUUUCUCGCGACAUCGUACGUAGGUAUAACUGGAGCUGCUGUUUUCUCACUGGCCAGUAUUCCAUUCCGGAAUUUGAUAGGCUUUUUAUACAUAAGUGAAGAUAAUAAAUCAAUAAAAAUUUCUUCCGUUGACUUCUGGGGGAGGCGGAAGGACAGAAUAAUAGAUGCAGAUGAUUGGAUUCCAUUAUAUGACAUGCCACCAAAAUUUACCGACCCACUAUUUCGCACACCACAGUUAUCUGAUGGUACAAAAUAUAAACUUGUUAUGAAGUAUGGUAAAAUAAUUAAUGCUACAAAAGUAGGUCAAGUUUUAGAAUAACUAAGAAAAUUGAUUUUAUAUAAGAUCUAUUUAUUACAGGAAUAAAAAGGACAAAAAAAACAAGCAAUAUUAAU